AUGAUCUCUUCAUUGUUAUUAGUAAACCUGUCAGCUUUGCUCAUCUCUUUUGUGUCUGGAGAAUCAGAAAUAAGAUUUGCUGGACAAACAGAAUUUUUUGUUAAUGAAACAACUACCACAGUUAUUCGUCUCGUCAUUGAGAGGACAGGCGAGCCCGCAAAUGUUACUGCCAUUGUGUCGCUGAAUGGAGAUGACACUGGUGACUUUUUUGAUACAUAUGCCGCGGCAUUUAUCCCUGCUGGAGGAAUGAACCGGACAGUGUAUAUAGCAGUGUGUGAUGACGAUCUGCCAGAGGCCGAUGAGACGUUCACUUUUCGCUUGACAUUGCAGAAACCCUCAGAAAAUGUGAAACUUGGAUGGCCAAGGACUGCUACUGUGACAAUAUUAUCAAAUGACAAUGCAUUUGGAAUUAUUUCAUUUAGUACGACUUCACCAAUCGUGGUGACCGAGCCAAGGAACAGAAAUGAAUCUGUAGGUCUUACUCUCCUCAGAGAGAAAGGCACCUAUGGGAUGGUCACCGUGACUUUUGAGGUAUCAGGUGGCCCAAACCCCCCUGAAGAAGACUUGAAUCCAGUUAGAGGAAACAUCACUUUUCCGCCUGGCAGAGCAGCCGUAGUCCACCACUUGACUGUGCUGGAUGAUGAGGUACCAGAAAAUGAUGAGAUAUUUUUGAUUCAACUGAAAAGUGUGGAAGGAGGAGCGGAGAUUAAUGCUUCUAGGAGUUCGGUUGAAAUCGUUGUGAGGAAAAACGAUAGCCCUGUCAGAUUCAUGCAGAGUGCUUACUUGGUUCCCGAGGAGGACCGAAUACUCAGUAUUCCAGUGGUUCGUGGGAAGGAUAACGAUGGAAAUCUCAUUGGCUCCGAUGAAUCCAAAGUUUCCGUCAGUUACGAAGUUAUGACUGGGGACUCCACAGCGCAUGCGCAGAAAGCCAUAGACUUCCUCGAUCUUCAGCGGGACACCACCCUAGUCUUUCCCCCUUUCAUUCAUGAAUUACACCUGAAGUUUCAGAUAAUUGAUGACUCCAUCCCGGAGAUCGCCGAGUCGUUCCAGGUUAUGCUACUAAAGGACACCUUGCAGGGAGAUGCUGUGCUAGUGGGCCCUUCCACUGUCCACGUCACCAUUAAACCGAAUGACAAGCCUUAUGGAGUUCUUUCCUUCAACAGUGUUUUGUUUGAAAGGCCAGUUAUAAUUGAUGAAGAUACAGCAUCCAGAGUUGAAGAAAUUACAGUGGUUAGAAACGGCGGCACCCAUGGAGACGUUUCUGUGGAUUGGGUGUUGACACGGAACAGCAGUGACCCCUCCCCAGUGACAGCAGACGUCAGCCCGAGUUCCGGGACUCUACAGUUUGCACAAGGGCAGAUGCUGGCUUCGAUUCCUCUUACCGUCGUUGACGACGAUCUUCCAGAAGAGGCUGAAGUGUACCUUCUUAAAAUCCUGCCUCACACGAUUCGAGGAGGCGCCGAAGUGAGCGAGCCAGCUCAGCUUCUGUUCUACAUUCAGGAUAGCGACGACGUUUAUGGAGAGAUCGGCUUCUCUCCUGAGGAAAGCCAGAGGAUUGAAAGCAGUCCGAGGGAACGGUGCUUAGCCUUGAGUUUUACAAGGCUAGGGGGAACAAAAGGAGACGUGAAGAUGAUCUAUUCUGCACUUUAUAUUCCUGCUGGAGCGGUGGAUCCCUCGCGGGCAAAAGAUGGCAUCUUAAAUACAUCCAGGCGAAGCAGCCUCCUUUUCCCAGAACAUAACUAUCAAGUCACUACAAAACUACCAAUCAGAAGUGACUCCUUCCUCCAGAACCAGGCGCACUUCCUAGUGCAGUUGGAAGCCCUGGUAUUGGUGAACAUAUUUCCCCCAAUCCCACCAGUAAGUCCCAGAUUUGGGAAAAUCAGGAAUGUUUCUUUAUUGGUUACCCCAGCCAUUGCGAAUGGAGAAAUUGGCUUUCUGAGCAACCUUCCAAUCAUUUUGCAUGAACCCAGAGCUUCUGCUGCUGAGGUGGUAUGCAUUCCCCUCCACCGAGACGGAACUGACGGCCAGGCUACUGUCCACUGGAGUCUGAAACCCUCUGGCUUCAAUUCAAAAGCAGUGACCCCGGGUGACGCAGGUCCCUUUAAUGGCUCUGUUGUGUUUUUAUCUGGGCAAAGUGACACGACAAUCAACAUCACUGUCAAAGGUGAUGACAUUCCGGAAUUGAACGAAACUGUAACUCUUUCUCUGGACAGGGUGAGUGUGGACAGUGAGGUCCUGAAAUCGGGGUAUACUAGCCGAGACUUAAUUAUUUUGGAAAAUGAUGAUCCUGGAGGUAUUUUUGAAUUUUCUCACGACUCUAGAGGACCCUUUGCUAUAAAGGAAGGAGAUGCGGUAGAGCUCCGUAUUUUUCGAUCGAGGGGGUCUCUUGUCAAACAGUUCCUCCGCUACCACGUUGAGCCCCGAGAGAGCAGUGAAUUCUAUGGCAACACAGGAGUGCUGGAGUUCAUGCCCGGGGAAAGGGAGGCAGUGGUCACCCUGCUCACGAGACUGGACGGCACACCAGAGUUGGAUGAAAACUACUGGGUGGUCCUCAGCAGUCAUGGUGAGAGGGAAAGCAAGCUGGGCGGUGCUACUGUUGUCAAUAUCACGAUUCUGAAAAAUGACGACCCUCAUGGGAUUAUAGAAUUUGUUCCUGAUGCUUUGACUGCAUCGAUAAAAGAAAGCAAAGGAGAGGAUGUCUACAGUGCCAUUUACGGUGUAGUACGAACUCGAGGCAACUUUGGUGAUGUUAGGGUAUCCUGGGUGGUUAGUCCCGACUUUACACAAGAUGUAUUUCCUGUGCGCGGAACUGUUUCUUUUGGAGACCAAGAAUCUCUUAAAAACAUCACCGUCUACUCCCUUGUGGAUGAAAUUCCGGAGGAGACGGAGGAAUUCACCAUUUUCUUACUUAACGCCACUGGUGGUGCUCAGACCGGAAACAGAACAACUGCCUCCCUGAAGAUUCUGAGGAACGAUGACCCUAUUUAUUUUGCAGAGCCAUGUGUUGUGAGGGUCCAGGAGGGCGAGAGUGCCAACUUCACGGUUCUCAGAAAUGGAUCUAUUGACGUGGCUUGCACUGUUCAGUAUGCUACCAUGGAUGGAAAGGCUUCGGGAGGCGAGGGAGACUUUGUUCCUGUUGAGAAAGGAGAAACUCUUGUAUUUGAGGCUGGAAGCAGAGCACAGAGUAUAUCUGUAUAUGUUAAUGACGAUGGAAUCCCAGAAACAGACGAGCCUUUUUAUAUAAUCCUUUUCAAUUCGACAGGCGACACCGUAGUGUACAAGUAUGGAAUAGCUACAAUCAUAAUUGAAGCCAAUGACGACCCAAAUGGCAUUUUUUCUCUGGAGCCCGUAGACAAAGCAGUCGAAGAAGGAAAGACCAACACAUUUUGGAUUUUGCGGCACCGAGGCCAUUUCGGCAACGUUUCUGUGGCUUGGCAGCUAUUCCAGAAUGUAUCUCUGCAGCCUGAGCAAGAAUUCUAUGAAACGUCAGGGACUGUUAACUUCAUGGAUGGAGAAGGAACCAAACCUGUAAUUCUCCAUGCUUUCCCAGACAGGAUUCCUGAAUUCAAUGAGUUUUAUAUUCUGAAGCUUAUUAAUAUUUCAGGUCCUGGAGGUGAACUAGCCGAAACUAACCUUCAGGUGACAGUCCUGAUCCCAUCCAAUGAUGACCCAUUUGGAAUUUUCAUCUUAGACCCAGAGUGUCUAGACAGAGAGGUGGCCGAAGACGUCCUCUCAGAAGACGAUAUGUCUUAUAUCACCAACUUCACCAUUUUGAGACAACAGGGCGUCUUUGGCGAUGUUCGGGUUGGCUGGGAAGUCCUGUCCAGAGAAUUCCCUGCGGGCUUGCCACCCAUGAUCGACUUUUUGCUGGUGGGAGUUUUCCCUAGCACCGUGCAUUUGCAGCCACACAUGCGACGUCACCACACUGGGACAGACGUCUUGUACUUCAGUGGGCUGGAGGGCGCGUUCGGGACCAUUGACCCAAAGUACCAGCCGUCUAGGAACAACACAAUUGCCAGCUUCACGUUCUCAGCCUGGGUAAUGCCUGAUGCCAACACGAGUGGCUUUCUCAUAGCCAAGGAGGAUGGCAAUGGAAGCAUCUACUAUGGAGUAAAAAUUCAAACAAAGGAGACCCAUGUGACCCUUUCCCUUCAUUACAAGACGUCUGGGUCAAAUGUUACCUAUACCGCCAAGACCACAGUCACGAAAUAUCUAGAAGAAGGCAUCUGGCUUCACGUUUUAAUUAUCCUGGACGACGGCAUAAUUGAGUUCUAUCUGGAUGGACAUGCAGUGCCCAGAGGCAUCAAGAGUCUGAAAGGAGAAGCCAUCACGGACGGUCCUGGGAUACUGAGAGUUGGGGCAGGGAUGAACGGCGGUGACAGGUUCACUGGUCGGAUGCAGGAUGUGAGGGCCUAUGAGCGGAAGCUGACUGCUGAAGAGAUCUAUGAACUUCAUGCUGUGCCCGCAAGGAAUGAUUUGCAUCCCGUCUCUGGGUAUCUGGAGUUCAGACAAGGAGAGACUAGCAAGUCAUUCAUCGUUUCUGCAAGAGAUGAUAACGAAGAGGAAGGAGAAGAAUUAUUCCUGCUUAAACUGGUCUCUGUGUAUGGAGGGGCUCAGAUUUCUGAGGAGAAUUCUACAGCUAGACUAAGAAUACAGAAAAGUGACAAUGCCAACGGCCUGUUUGGCUUCACUGGAGCUUGUAUACCAGAGAUCACAGAGGAGGGGUCCACCACUUCCUGUGUGGUGGAGCGGACCAGGGGAGCUCUGGACUACGUCCAUGUUUUCUACACUAUUUCACAGAUCGAGUCAGAAGGCGUCGAUUACCUCGUUGAUGAUUUUGCUAAUGCCAGUGGCAUUAUCACCUUUCUGCCUUGGCAGAGGUCUGAGGUCCUGAAUCUGCACGUUCUUGAUGAGGACGUUCCUGAGCUAAAUGAAUAUUUUCGGGUGACGUUGGUUUCUGCAGUUCCAGGAGAUGGAAAACUGGGUUCAACUCCCAUCAGUGGUGCCAGCAUAGACCCCGAGAAGGAAACCACAGACAUCACCGUCAAAGCUAGCGAUCACCCAUAUGGCUUGCUGCAGUUCUCCACAGGGCCGCCUCCUGAGCCUGAAGAUGCAAUGAGUCGGCCUGCUAGUAGCGUGCCACACGUCACAGUGCAGGAAGAGGACGGAGAAGUCCGCUUACUGGUCAUUCGUGCACAAGGACUGCUUGGCACGGUGACUGUGGAAUUUAGAACAGUGUCCUUGACAGCGUUCAGUCCGGAGGACUACCAGAGGACUGCUGGCACAGUAGAAUUUCAAUCAGGAGAAAGAUAUAAAUAUAUUCCUGUCAACAUCACGGACAAUUCCAUCCCUGAACUGGAAAAGUCUUUUAAAGUUGAGUUGUUAAACCCAGAUGGAGGAGCCAGCCUAGGAGUGGCUUCUCAGAUUCUGGUGACGAUUGCUGCUUCCGACCACGCUCAUGGGGUGUUUGAGUUCAGCCUGGAGUCACUCUUUGUCAGUGGAACAGAACCAGAGGAUGGGCACAGCACUGUAGUGUUAAAUGUCACCCGGACUCAGGGAGCCCUGUCUGACGUGACUUUAUAUUGGAAAGUAGACUCUGACCCGGAUGGGGACCUCGCCGUCACCUCUGGCAACAUCACGUUUGCUGUCGGGCAGAGGGCUGCCUGCGUCACCUUGGAGAUACUGCCGGAUGAAGAGCCAGAACUGGACAAGGCGCUCUCCGUGUCCAUCCUUGGCGUCUCCAGUGGCUCCUUGGGCGUUCUCACUAACGCCACGCUGACAGUUUUGGCUAGCGAUGAUCCUCAUGGGGUGUUUAUUUUUUCUAACGAAACUAGAUCUGUUAGUGUUGAAGAAGCAUCCCAGAAUGUCACACUAUCGAUACUAAGGUUGAAAGGCCUCAUGGGAGAAGUGGCAGUGUCAUACGCAACUGUAGAUGACGUGGAGAAGCCGCCUUAUCUCCCACCUCACUUAGCUAGAGCAACUCAAGGAGGCGAUUAUGUGUCAGCAUCUGGAUUGGCUCUCUUCAGAGCAAAUCAGACUGAGGCAGCCAUAACUAUUUCAAUCCUGGAUGACGAUGAGCCAGAACAGGCAGAAUCUGUGUUCAUUGAACUUUUCAAUUCUUCUUUAGUAGAGAGAGGACAGAUUCGUCCACUCCCGAGUUCCCCACGCCUCGGGCCUAAGGUGGAGACUGUGGCCCAUCUCAUUAUUGUUGCCAAUGAUGAUGCAUUUGGAACUGUGCAGCUGUCAGUGCCCACUGUUUGCGUAGCAGAAAAUCACGUUGGACCAAUUAUCAAUGUGACUCGAACGGGAGGAACAUUCGCAGACGUUUCUGUCAAGUUUAAAGCUGUGCCGGUCACUGCAGCAGCGGGUGAGGAUUAUAGCGUUGCGUCAUCAGACGUGGUCUUGCUGGAAGGGGAAGCCAGCAAGGCCGUGCCCGUAUACAUCAUCAAUGACAUCUACCCUGAGCUGGAAGAGUCGUUUCUUGUGCAGCUGCAGAACGAGACGACGGGAGGAGCCAAGCUGGGCACUCUCACGGAGGCGGUCAUUACCAUCCAGGCUUCUGAUGACCCCUAUGGAUUGUUCGGUUUUCAGAAUACUAAAUUUAUGGUAGAGGAACCUGAGUUUAACUCAGUGAGGGUAAACCUGCCAAUAAUUCGAAAUUCUGGGACACUCGGCAAUGUUACUGUUCAAUGGGUUGCCACCAUUAAUGGACAACUUGCUACUGGCGACCUGCGAGUUGUCUCAGGUAAUGUGACCUUUGCCCCUGGGGAAACCAUUCAAACCUUGUUGUUAGAGGUCCUGGCUGACGACGUCCCGGAGAUUCAAGAGGUUGUCCAAGUGCAACUAAGCUACGCCUCUGGUGGAGGUGCCAUUGGGUUAGACCGGGUGGCAGACAUUGUCAUUCCUGCCAACGAUAACCCUUACGGCUCAGUAGCCUUCACCCAGUCGGUUUAUCAUAUCCAGGAGCCUCUGGAGAGAAGUUCCUGUGCUAACGUAACUGUCAGGAGAAGCGGAGGACACUUUGGCCGCCUGUUGUUGCUCUACAGUACCUCUGACAUUGAUGUAGUGGCCCUUGCAGCUGAGAACGGUGAAGAUUUAUUAUCCUACUAUGAAUCGCCAACUCAGGGGAUGCCCGACCCUCUCUGGAGAACUUGGGUGAACGUCUCUGCGGCGCAGGAGGCUCUGUACACUUGUGCCACUCUGUGUCUCAAGGAACAUGCCUGCUCAGGGUUUUCAGUUGUCAGUACCGCUGAUGGCCCUCAGUGCUUUUGGAUGACGUCAUGGGCCAGCUUAACUGUGAACGGCUCAGACUUCCAGACCUACCAGAAGAACGUGACGAGGGUGGCCUCUCUGUUUAGUGGCCAGGCAGUUGCCGGCAGUGACUAUGAGCCUGUGACAAGACAGUGGGUCCUGAUGCUGGAAGGUGACGAGUACGCAAAUCUCACCGUUUCCGUGCUUCCUGAUGCUGUUCCCGAGAUGGAUGAAAGUUUUCUCAUUUCUCUCCUUGAAGUUCACCUGAUGAACAUCACAGACAGUUUAGAAAACCAGCCAACUGUAGGGCACCCGAACACUUCUGCGGUGGUCAUAGGGCUGAACGGGGAUGCCUUUGGAGUGUUCGUUAUCUACAGCGUUAGCCCCAAUACCUCAGAAGAUGGCUCACGCGUGGAAGUGCAGGAGCAGCCACAGACCUCAGUGGACCUGCUGGUCCACAGGACGGGAGGCAGCUUGGGGCAGGUGAUAGUUGAGUGGCGCGUUGUUGGCGGAACAGCUACUGAAGGUUUAGAUUUCGUAGGUGCCGGAGACAUUCUUACUUUUGCAGAAGGCGAAACAAAAAAGAUGGCCAUUUUAACCAUUUUGGAUGAUUCUGAGCCAGAGGAUGAUGAAAGUAUCCUCAUUCGUUUGGUGUACACUGAAGGGGGAAGCAGAAUUCUGCCGAGCUCUGACACCGUGAGAGUGAACAUCUUGGCCAAUGACAAUGUGGCGGGAAUUGUCAGUUUUCAGACAGCAUCGCGAUCUGUCAUAGGCCAUGAAGGAGAGAUUUUGCAGUUCCACGUGGUAAGAACACCCCCUGGCCGAGGCAACGUCACGGUUGACUGGAAAAUUGUUGGAGAAAAUCUAGAAGUCAAUUUUGCUAACUUUACAGGUCAACUCUUGUUUUCUGAGGGGACAUUGAAUAAGACAAUAUUUGUACAUUUGCUGGAUGACAGUAUUCCUGAGGAGAAAGAAGUAUACCAGGUUGUUCUGUACGAUGUCAAGACCCAAGGAGUCUUGCCAGCGGGAGCCGCUCUGCUCGAUGCCCAGGGUUAUGCAGCUGUCCUGACCGUAGAAGCUAGUGACGAGCCCCAUGGCGUGGUAAACUUUGCUCUAGCCUCAAGAUUCGUCUUGCUCCAGGAGGCUAACGUAACGAUUCAACUCUUUAUCAACAGAGAGUUUGGGUCUCUAGGUGCGAUCAAUGUCACAUAUGCCACCGUUCCUGGAAUACUGAGUUCGAAAAACGGAACAGAAGGGAACCUAGCACAGCCAGGGGUUGACUUUGUCCCUGCAGUGGGCUUUCUGGUUUUAGAAGAAGGGGAAACAACAGCAGCCAUCAACAUCACUGUCCUUGAGGAUGAUAUACCAGAGCUAAGAGAAUAUUUCUUGGUGAAUUUAACUCAUGUUGAUCUCAUUCUGGCCCCUUUAACUUCAUUUCCUCCCAGACUAGAUUCAGAAGGUUUGACUGCACAGAUCACCAUAGAGGCCAAUGACGGUGCCCAAGGUGUUGUUGAGUGGCAGCGUAGCAGGUUUGAUGUGAACGAAACCCACGGCACUGUAGUGUUGGUGGUCCAGAGGAGCAGAGAGGCCCGUGGCCAGGUGUCCUUGUUUGUGUAUGCCCAGAACCUAGAGGCCCAGAUGGGGCUGGAUUACAUCUGCAGCCCACAGAUUCUUCACUUCGCUGAUGGAGAAAGGCAUAAGCACGUGGAAGUUACGAUUCUGGACGAUGACGUUCCAGAAGGAGACGAAAAGUUUCAGUUGAUAUUAACAAAUCCUUCUCCUGGGCUAGAGCUGGGCAAAAAUACAAUAGCUUUGAUUACUGUCCUUGCGAAUGACGAUGGCCCUGGCGUUCUGUCCUUUAACAACAGCGAGCACAUUUUUCUCCGAGAGCCGACAUCUCUCUACGUGCCGGAGAGUGUUGCAGUGUUAGUCGUCGUGCGCGAGCCUGCCCAAGGUCUGUUCGGGACAGUGGCCGUGCAGUUUGUGGUGACAGAUGUCAACUCUUCAACGGAAUCUAAGGACCUGAUUCCUUCCAAAGGCUUUAUUGUCCUAGAGGAAGGGGUUCGAUCCAAGGCUCUGCACAUCUCUGCCAUAUUAGACACAGAACCAGAAAUGGAUGAGCAUUUUGUUUGCACCCUGUUUAAUCCAACUGGAGGUGCUAGACUAGGGUCCCGUGUUCAGACCUUGAUAACAGUUCUGCAAAACCAGGCCCCUCUGGGACUCUUCAGUAUCAGUGCUGUUGAAAAUAGUGCUACCUCGAUAGACGUUGAAGAGUCCAACAGGAGUGUGUACCUCAACGUAUCACGUACGAAUGGCCUCAAUUUGGCUGUGAGUGUGCAGUGGGAGACAGUGUCCGAAACCGCUUUUGGCAUGAGGGGAAUGGACGUUGUCUUUUCCACAUUUCAAAGCUUUUUUGACAAGACAGCAGGUGGCUGGUGUUUCUUUCCUGUCGAAGAUUCAAUUUAUGGCAUAAUGCUAAGAAAGUCAUCCAUAGUUGUUUACCGAUGGCAAGGGACGUUCAUUCCAGUUGAGGACAUAAAUAUAGAAAGUGCUACGGCUUGUGAGGCCUUUAAUCUUGGCGGCUCCCCCUAUCUUGUGAUUACUCACGGAGAAGGAAAUGGAGAGAAGCCAUCCAUUAACAGAGUGUACGCGCUCACUUCCGGGUUCAAACUAUUCCUGGUACAGAGAAUCAUUAUUUCAGAAACUUGUCAAGUGAGACAUUUCACCUCAGACAGUCAAGAUUACGUCAUCAUCGCAAGUCAAAGAAAUGAUUCUGAGUUAACUCAGGUCUUCAGAUGGUCCGGUAACACCUUUGUCUUCCAUCAGACGUUGCCUGUCCGAGCUGUGCUGGGCAUGGCCUUGUUCUACAAAAGAGGCUCUGUCUUCAUAGCCAUUUCCCAGGCCGAUGUCAGACAAAAUGUCCUUUUAUUCACGUGGUCUGGUAGUCAGCUUAUUAACUUCCAAGAAGUGUCCAUCAGUGGGAUAGCACAAGUUGAGGCUUUGACUUCAGGCGAUGAUGUUUACUUAUUUUUUGGCAAAAAUACCUCUGUAGGAAAUCAGCAUUCGGUUGACAUUUUCACCUGGGAGAUGGGGCAGUCAUCUUUCAGCUAUUUCCAGUCCCUGGAUGUUCCUUCUGUUAACAGCAUCUGUUCCUUCACUCCAGCUUCUGGAGUAGUUCACGUACUUCUAACUGGCCAAGCACAGUCCGCUCUUUACUGUUGGAAUUCAGAGCGCAGUGAGUUCUCUUUUGUUCUGGAGGCACCUGCUGCGCGCAAUGCAGCUUUUGUUACAGUGAGGUCUCUGAACUCAAGCAGGACUUUAAUUGCUCUAGUGGGAGCCGCUCACUCGCAUCUGUAUGAGCUGACCUCCGUCUCCAGCCAGUCUGACUUUAUUCCUAGUUUAGGUGAACUGAUAUUUGAGCCUGGUGACAGAGAUGCAAUAAUAGCAGUGAACAUCCUUGAUGACACGGUUCCUGAGGAAGACGAGUCCUUCAGAGUUCAGCUUAAGAAUCCGAAAGGAGGAGCGGAGAUUGGCAUUAACAGUCACGUGAGAGUCACUGUUCUUUCUAAUGACGAUGCCUAUGGAGUUAUCGCGUUUGCCCAGAACUCGUUGCAUAAGCAAGUGGAGGAGAUGGAGCGGGACAGCCUGGUGACCCUGAAUGUCGAACGCUUAAAAGGGACGCACGGCCGUGUAACGGUAGCAUGGGAGGCAGCUGGAAGCGUCAGUGAUGUAUUUCCUACUGCGGGCGUGAUUUCAUUCGCAGAGGACCAGGCACUGUCUACAAUCACUCUGACUGUUCUUGCGGAUGAUGAGCCUGAGUUAUCUGAGUCUGUGAUUGUCACACUCACCAGGGUUGUCACAGAGGGGGUUAAAGAUCCACUGAAAGGUGCUACUGUUGACCAGAACGGAAGCACAUCCCUGCUGACCAUCCUGCCCAGUGACUCUCCCUAUGGUGUGGUGGGCUGGCACACCGAUUCCCUCUUAACGAGAGUGCCAGAGCCCAGAGAGAACAUCACCAUUAUUAAGUUACGUAUUGUUCGAGACAAAGGACUAUUUGGGGACAUUUCCAUUCAUUUGAUAGCGAAACCCAAUUUCUUACUGCACAUCAAUAAUCAAGCUACUGAGAAUGAAGAUUAUGUGUUGCAAGACACAGUAAUAAUAAUGAAAGAAAACAUAAAAGAGACUCAUGCUGAAGUUGUCAUUUUGCCAGAUGAGGAUCCUGAACUGGAGGAAGGACUCAUCGUCACCAUCACCGCAGUGUACCUCGUGAACCCCGACUUCCCAGCAGAGCAGCCACGGGUGCGGAGGCCAAGGAUGGAGACGGCGGAGAUAGUCAUAGAAGAAAAUGACGACCCCAGAGGGGUUUUUACUUUUCACAUUGACAGAGAUCUUGGUGGAGUCAUUACCGCUCCUGAGGCGCCUCUGCCCUUGAAUGUUCUUCAAGUUCCUGUUGUCCGGCUGGCAGGGAGCUUUGGGAUGGUAAAUGUCUAUUGGAAAGCAACCCCAGACAGUGCUGGCCCGGAGGACUUCCAGCCGUCUCACGGCGUGCUCCAGUUUGCUGCUGGACAAGUCACUGCACCGAUAGAAAUAGCCGUAAUUGAUGAUGCUGAAUUUGAACUCGCAGAAACAUUCAGCGUCUCCUUAGUGAGUGUGGCUGGUGGCGGCCGACUAGGUGACGACACCGUGUUGACUGUUGUCAUCCCAUCAAAUGAUUCUCCGUUUGGAAUAUUUGGAUUUGAAGAGAAGACUGUAACGGUUGGAGAAUCCCUCUUGUCUGAUGACCCUGAUUCAUAUGUGAUGCUGACAGUUGUCCGGUCCCCAGGGGGAAAGGGACCUGUCCGACUUCACUGGGCUGUAGAAGAGGAGGCCAAAGAUGACCUCAGCCCUCUGAAUGGGACACUUUAUUUUGAUGAGACUGACUCACAGAAGACUGUUGUAUUGCAUACACUUCAAGACAGCAACCCGGGGGAGGACCGGCGCUUCACCAUUGAGCUGAGAGCUGCUGAUGAGGUAGAAAUAUCUCCAGUGAAAGGUAGUGCCUCAAUCAUCGUUCGAGGAGAUCGGGGUGCAUCAGAAGUUGGGAUUGCUCCAUCGUCUAGGCACAUCAUUAUUGGGGAACCCUCUGUGACAUAUAAUGGCACUGCCACCGUUAGCCUUGUUCGUGGCCCAGGGGUUUCAGGCGAGAUCACAGUGUACUGGAGAAUAUUUCCUCCUUCUGUGGGGGAGUUUAUGGAAACUUCAGGCCACCUGACAAUAGAAGAUGGACAGUCUGCAGCCACUGUAGUAAUUCAGGCUUUGAGUGAUGACAUCCCAGAGGAGAAGUGCGCCUAUGAGUUCCAGCUCACUGGAGUCAGUGAGGGUGCCGUGCUGAAUGAAGCCAGCGUCACUGCCAGCAUCACCAUGGUGGCCAGUGAUGCUCCGUAUGGCCGGUUCUCAUUUUCACAUGAGCAGCUUCAAGUUUCCGAAGCAGCACAGAGGGUUAAUGUCACAGUCAUCCGCUCAGGUGGCUCUUUUGGACGCGUGCAAGUCAGGUAUGAGACUGAGAGCAGGACGGCAGUGGCAGGCUGGGACUUUGUCCCCACAUCAGGGGAGCUCCUCUUUGAAGCCAGAGAGAGGACAAAAAGUCUUCAUGUGGAAAUCCUUGAUGACAACCUUCCUGAAAGCCCUGAGGAAUUUACUCUUGCCAUCACGAAAGUGGACCUCCAGGGAAGAGGGUAUGAUUUUACCAUCCAAGAGAAUGGGCUGCAGAUAGAUCAACCUCCUGAAACUGGAAACAUCUCCAUUGUCCGAAUCAUAAUAAUGACAAAUGAUAACGCAGAAGGCAUCAUUGAAUUUGACCCCACGUACACCGACAUCUCAGUGGAGGAAGAUGCUGGCUUGGUUACAAUUCCGGUGCUGAGGCUUCAGGGGACAUACGGCCGCGUGUCAGCCGAUUUCAGCUCCCCCAGCGUCUCUGCCGGCCCAGGAGGCUACAUGCUGCAUGGUAGUUCACUCACCUUUCAGCAUGGGCAGAACUUGAGCUUUAUAAAUGUCUCCAUCGUCGGCGACAAUGCAAGUGAAUUUGAGGAGCAGUUUGAAAUUCUGCUCACUGGAGUUGCUGGCGGAGCGGUCCUUGGGCGCCACCUAGUGAGCAAAAUCACAAUUGCCAAAAGUGACUCUCCAUUUGGCUUCAUAAGAUUUCUCAACCAAAGCAAAAUUUCUGUCCCUAACCCCAACUCCACAAUGGUUUUACACUUGUUGCUGGAGCGGACUGGAGGACUCUUGGGAGAGAUUCAGGUGAGCUGGGAGAUAGUAGGGCCCAAUUCUGAGGAAGCCUUACCGCCACAGAAUGGAGACAUCGCAGAGCCAGUGAGUGGGACCGUCAGUUUCGGGGACGGAGAAGGCGGUGUGAGAACCAUCGUCCUCAUCCUCUGCCCUCAUGAAGAAGCCGAACCUGAAGAGACGUUUGUUGUUAAGCUUAAGCCUUUGAAAGAGGCGAAAUUAGACCCGAGAGCUAAAGCUGUUAUGCUAACAAUACAAAAGUUCGGUGAUCCGAACGGCGUCAUCCAUUUUGCUCCCGAGUCUUUAUCGAAGAAAACAUAUUCAGAGCCAUUAGCGUCAGAUGGAGCCACACUCAUCCCAUUCCUCGUCAGGAGAGUGAGAGGCGUCUCUGGAGAGAUCACGGUGCACUGGGAGCUAAGCAGCGAGUUUGAUAUCACUGGGGACUUCCUUUCCACCAGUGGAUUUUUCACCAUUGCCGACGGAGAGCGUGAAGCAAGCUUUGCUGUCCAUUUGCUGCCGGAUGAUGUGCCCGAGGUAGAGGAAGAGUACGCUGUCCGGCUGGUUUCUGUGGAGGGAGGCGCCGAACUGGAGCUGGCAAAGUGCACCACGUGGUUCUCCGUGUCUGGGAAUGACGACCCGCAUGGCGUGUUCGCCUUGCGUUCAGAGCAUCAGUCAGUACUGCUCGGGCAGAAGAACCUCUUUAGAUCCAUCCAGAUCAACGUCACCCGGCUUGCUGGAAUGUUUGGCGACGUGGCUGUUAGGGUUCAAAUCCUGUCUGACAAUAAAGAAGACCCAUUUGCCACUGACGAUGGAGAGAGAGAGCUGGUGAUCCAAGACGGCGCCGGAUAUAAAGUAGACGUGGUGCCCUUGAAGAGACAGGUCUUCCUAUCGCUGGGCUCAAAUUUCACCCUGCAGCUAGUGUCUGCCAAGCUUCUCAGCGGACCUUUCUAUGGAAUGCCAACAAUUCUCCAGGAAGCAAAAUCAGUUGUCCUUCCUGUGCCUGAGGAAGCUGCCAAUUCCCAGGUUGGAUUUGAAUCCACUGCUUUCCAACUCGUGGACUUCACAGCUGGCACAAGCGAGGUCGCGGUCUCUCGGAGGGGCACGUAUGGCAGCCUCUCUGUGACCUGGACCACAGGCUAUGCUCCUGGGUCAGAAAUCCCUGAGCCUGUUGUCAUCGGCAACAUGACGCCAACACUGGGCAGCCUUUCCUUUUCACAUGGAGAAAGGAGGAAAGGAACUAUGCUGUGGACCCUUCCCAGCCCUGGUCGGCCAGAGGCCUUUGUCCUCCAUCUGUCAGGCCUGAGGAGCAGCACUGCUGGGGGAGCUCAGCUAAGACCAGGUUUUACCACUGCUGAAAUUGAACCCAUGGGAGUCUUCCAGUUUUCCCCGAGUUCAAGAGCUAUCACGGUGCCGGAGGAUGCACAGACGAUCCGCAUACAUGUGCAGAGACUGUUUGGGUUCCACGGUGAUCUGGUUAAAGUCUCCUACAAGACCGCCGCAGGAAGCGCCAAGCCUCUGGAAGACUUUGAGCCUGUUCAGCACGGGGAAGUUUCCUUCCAGAGAUUCCAAGCUGAGGCUGAUUUUGAAAUAACCGUUAUUAAUGACCAGCUUCCUGAGAUGGAAGAAACUUUUUACCUUCAUCUCACUUCAGUUGAAGCUAGGGGGCUAGGCCAGGGGGAUGUGAAUUGGAGACCUCGCCUACAUCCAGAUCUCAGUGUUGCAGUGGUCACCAUACUGGACAAUGAUGGCCUAGCUGGGGUGGGUGCUACUUUCCCUGUGACAGCAAUGCCAGUGACAGUUGACAGCACUCUCCUUGCUGCGGAAGCUGGUUUCACCACACAGCCUAACCCAAGUCGGACAACUGCUGUUCCGUCCACCACUGAGGUGUUUGCCCCUGUUACAGAGACUGUGGGUGUGUCUGCCAUCCCUGAGAAACUUGUCACCGCUCACAGUGCCAGUGCCGUGCCCGAGGAGCCUGCCUUGACCCCGGGAGCUGCUCACGCUGUGGCCUGCGGGAUGCUCAGCCUUGGACCUCCCGUUGUCCAUGUGGCCGAGGAAGUGACCAACGGCACAGCCAGUGCUGCAGAAAUCCUUAUCCAGAGGACUGGUGGCUUUGUGGGCAAUGUCAGCGUGACGGUUAAGACCUUCGGUGGAAGAUGUGCAGAGAAGGAGCCCAGCGCAUGGCCCUUCCAGGAUGUCUACGGUAUUGGCAACCUAACUUGGGCGGUGGAAGAAGAAGACUUUGAAGAACAAAUGCUCACCCUCACGUUCCUAGACGGGGAAAGAGAACAUAGAGCAGCAGUUCGGAUUCUGGAUGACGAGGAGCCUGAGGGGCAGGAGUUCUUCUACGUGUUUCUCACAGACCCUCAAGGUGGAGCCCAGGUUGUGAGCGGACAGGACCAUGCUGGGUUUGCAGCCUUUGCUGUGGUCAUUAUCGCAGGGAGUGACCUCCACAAUGGCAUCAUAGGCUUCAGUGAGGAGUCCCAAAGAGGCCUGGAACUGAGGGAAGGAUCUGACAAGAGCAGAGAGCAGCUAGUUGUUAUGAGGCAGCCAAACAGAGCCUUUGAAGAUGUCCAAGUCUUUUGGCGAGUCACACUUAACCAAACAGCCACCAUUCUCCAAGUAGAUGGGCUAAACCUAACAGAUGAGCUGCGGUUUGUGGCAGGGGUCACAACUUGCACAAUGGGUCAAACACAAUGCUUUAUCCACCUUGAGCUCAAUCCAAAGAAGAUGCCUCAAGUUGAAUUGCAUUUUUUUGUGGAGCUGUAUAACGUCACUGCUGGGGCAGCUAUAAACAACAGUGCCAGAUUUGCCCGCAUUAAAGUCUCCAAGAGUGAGGAGCCACAGAGCCUCAUUUCCUUUGCGGUGGGUUCUCGGCUGGCAGUGGCUCAGAAGAAGGCUACUUUGAUCCGUUUGCAGGUGGCCAGAGAUCCUGGGACAGGGGUGAUGACGUCUGUUAACUUUAGUACCCAGGAGCUGAGGAGUGCUGAAACAGUUGGUCGGAUUCUCGUAUCUCCAGCUGUUUCUGGGAAGGAUUUUGUGAGGACAGAAGGCACACUGGUUUUUGAACCUGGUCAGAGAACUGCCAUGUUGGAUAUUGUCUUAACACCAGAAACAGGGUCCUUAAGUACGUUUCCGAAACGCUUUCAGAUUGUGCUUUUCAACGCAAAAGGUGGUGGCAGAAUCGACAAAGUGUAUGGGACCGCCAACAUCACUCUCGUCGCUGAUGUGGAUUCACAAGCUGUCUGGGGACUUGCAGACCAGCUACAUCAACCCCUGCACGAAGAUCUUCUCAACAGAGUGCUCCACAGCCUCAGCGUGAAGGUAGCCACAGAGAGCACCGAUGAGCAGCUCAGCGCCGUUAUGCACUUAAUGGAAAAGAUAACAAUGGAAGGAAAAAACCAAGCUUUCAGUAUCAAAAGCCGAAGUCUUUUGUAUGAACUGCUUUGUGCUCUGAUCGACCCAAAGCGCAAGGACACUCGGGGAUUCAGCCACUUUGCAGAAGUGGCUGAGCACUUUGCCUUCUCUCUGCUGACCAAUGUUACCUGUGGGUCUCCUGGGGAAAAAAGCAAAACCAUCCUUGACAGUUGCCCGUAUUUGUCAAUACUGGCUCUUCGCUGGUACCCGCAGCAAAUCAAUGGACACAAGUUUGAAGGGAAGGAAGGUGAUUACAUUCAAAUUCCAGAGAGGUUAUUAGAUGUGCCCACUGCGGAAGCGCUGGAUGGGAAAGGCGCAUGCGCAUCCGUCCUGUUCGUGGAGUACAGCAGCCAGCAGUGGUUCCUGGCAGCAAACCACGUCCCUGCCUUGAAAGACAAGGUACUGUCUUUGAAUGUGGAAGGUCAGAGUGCGCAACCCCUCCCUAACAACAACGAGGUUCUCUACAGGAUUUAUGCAGCUGAGCCUGGAAUCGCGCCUCAGACGUCUCUGUGUCUCCUUUGGAAUCAGGCCACUGGCAGCUGGUUGUCUGACAGCCAGUUUUGCAAAGUGGUUGGAGCUACUUCAGACUACGUGGAAUGUGCCUGCUCACACAUGUCUGUGUAUGCUGUCUACGCCCAGACUGACAACCUGUCAUCAUACAACGAAGCGGUUUUCUCUUCUGGGUUUAUAUGCAUCUCAGGUCUUUGCUUGGCUGUUGUUUCACACAUGUUUUGUGCCAGACACUCGAUGUUUGCAGCUAAACUUCUGACCCACAUGAUGGCAGCCAGUUUAGGAACACAGAUUGUGUUCCUGGCAUCUGCGUACACAAGUCCCCAACUGAGCGAGGAGAGCUGCUCCGCCGUGGCUGCUGUGGCACAUUACCUGUAUCUUUGCCAGUUUAGUUGGAUGCUCAUCCAGUCUGUGAACUUCUGGUACAUGCUGGUGAUGAAUGAUGAACACACGGAGAGGCGAUACCUGCUCUUCUGCCUCCUGAGCUGGGGCCUUCCAUCCUUUGUGGUGAUUCUCCUCAUGGUGAUUUUGAGAGGCCUCUACCGUCAGAGCAUGCCGCAGAUCUACGGACUCGUUCGUGGUGACUUAUGCUUCAUUCCAAACAUCUACGCUGCUCUGUUCACGGCUGCUCUCGUCCCUCUGAUGUGCCUCGUGGUGGUGUUCGUGGUGUUCAUUCAUGCCUACCAGCUGAAGCCGCAGUGGAAAGGCUAUGACGACGUCUUCAGAGGACGAACAAACGCAGCAGAAAUCCCUCUAAUCUUGUACCUCUUUGCCCUGGUUUCUCUGACGUGGCUCUGGGGAGGACUGCACAUGGCCUACAGACACUUCUGGAUGUUGGUUCUCUUUGUCAUUUUCAACAGUCUGCAGGGACUUUAUGUUUUUGUGGUUUAUUUCAUUUUACACAACCAAACGUGUUGCCCUAUGAAGGCCAGCUAUACCGUGGAAGCCAACGGUCACCCAGGACCCAGCACAGCCUUUUUCACUCCUGGGAGCGGGAUGCCUCCAGCUGCAGAGAUGAACAAGUCUACCCAGAGCCUCAUCAACGCCAUGGAAGAGGUGCCAUCUGAGUGGGAGAGAGUGUCCUUCCAACAGACCAGCCAGGCAAGCCCUGAUCUGAAGACAAGCCCACAGAAUGGUGCCUCGUUCCCUUCUUCUGGGGGAUAUGGCCAGGGGUCCCUGAUAGCUGAUGAGGAGUCCCAGGAGUUUGAUGACUUGAUAUUUGCAUUAAAACUGGGUGCUGGUCUCAGUGUCAGUGACAAUGAGUCUGGUCAAGGCAGCCAGGAGGGAGGCACACUGACUGACUCCCAGAUUGUAGAGCUCAGGAGGAUACCCAUUGCUGACACGCACCUGUGAGCCUCACCCAUCACUGAUACACACCCGUGAGCUUCGUGAACUAACCUUAGAAAGAGCAUGACUUUCCUAUUGGCCUGGGCUUUUGUACUAAACGCUGUAAGCAUGUGCCCCCAGGGAGUAGUGGUCUGCAGUC